AGUCGACUCAAAUCUCAAAGCCAACACCCAUCCAACGGCCUGCAAAAAAAAAAACUCACCGCCAAACCACUUCCCGCGCUUCCUCCCUUCACUUCUCGAAGAACUCCGAAGAAGAGAAAAAGGUGAGUAUCGGAGAAAACCAUGUGUGGAAGAGCUCGCUGUACUCUCAGACUAGACAACAUCGCCCGAGCAUGCAACCUCAAUACCCUCCCAACUCAGAAUAUCCAAAUGGACCGGUAUCGGCCGUCGUAUAAUGUGUCACCGGGGGCGAAUCUGCCAGUGGUUCGAAGAGGGGGCGGGACUGAGGGCGAAGAGGCCAUUGUUCAUUGCAUGAAGUGGGGACUUGUUCCUAGCUUCACUAAGAAAUCUGAGAAACCUGAUCAUUACAAGAUGUUCAAUGCUCGGUCUGAGUCAGUAUGUGAAAAGGCUUCUUUUCGGCGUUUAGUUCCUAAGAACCGGUGCCUUGUGGCGGUAGAAGGAUUCUAUGAGUGGAAAAAGGAUGGCUCAAAAAAGCAACCUUACUACAUUCAUCUGAAGGAUGGACGACCUCUUGUUUUUGCUGCUCUUUUUGAUUCAUGGGCAAAUUCUGAAGGAGAGAUUCUCUAUACUUGUACAAUCCUGACGAUUUCUUCAUCAUCUGCCUUACAAUGGUUGCAUGACAGGAUGCCUGUUAUUUUGGGUGACAAGGAGUCGACUGAUGCGUGGCUAAAUGGUUCUUCAUCUUCCCAAUUUAAUACGGUCCUCAAACCAUAUGAAGAUCCAGAUUUGGUAUGGUACCCAGUGACACAGGCAAUGGGCAAGCCAUCUUUCGAGGGACCAGAGUGCAUCAAGGAGAUUCAGUUAAAGAACGAGCAGAGGCCCAUCUCAAAGUUUUUCUCAACAAAGGGAAUAAAAAAUGAACAAGGUUUGUCUAAUGAACCCGUCAAGUCAAAUCUGCCACAAAGCUUGAAAGAAGAACCCUCCAUCGAGAACAGCACAGGACUUCCAUCCUCUACUGUUAAAGGUGACCAUGAUUCAACAUGUAGUCGUUCAGUUCCUCAGGAGGAGUCUACAUGGUUCACAAAUCUGCCAAAGAGCUUGAAACAGGAACCUGAAACAGAAGACGAAACAGGACUUCCAUUUCCAGGUGACCAUGAUUCAAAAUGUGAUGAAGAAGCUACAAAGCUCCCCAUAAAGCGGGACUUCGAGGAGUUCUCUGCUGAUUCAAAACCAAACACUGACACAGUUGAGAAGCCAAGUCCUGUGACAAAGAAGGGAAAACUUAAUAAGAAUGCAGGUGACAAACAACCAACACUGUUUUCUUACUUCGGAAAAAGCUAGAGCAGUAUGAUAUGGACUACUUGUUUCUUGCAAGACUAUAUGUGAUAUGGACUUUUUGUUGAGACUAGGACACCUUUUUGUAAAUGAAACCUUGUUUUUGUUGGAUCAUGUUAACUCAAAUGUCUAAAUGUGAAUUCUUUUAACUCUUUCAUUAUUCAAAAGUUAUUUUAUUUUUAA